AUCAAAAAACCAGUUUAUUUACUGACCACACUCGGUCGGUUGGUUGGUGAGACGCGGUAAAACUUUAAUACGUAUCGUGAUAUUUUAUUGAAUUUUUCAUGAGAUUUGGAAUUUCUCGAAAACUAAACCAGUGAUAUAAUUCUUAUAUUAUUAUUCUAUUUGUGUCGACUAUUUAACGAAGUAUAAACGAACAUUUAAAUGAAAUAUAUGUGAAGACGAAUAUUUUAGUAAGAGGUGUGUCGCAGUGGUUUGAAUUUCGAAUCUCGGGUGUACUUUUGUGCAUUCACGUGAAAACGGGUGUUUUGUUGCAUUCUUUUGUCCGUGUCUGAGAGUGAUGUUAAUAAAUCGGAAUUUGCACAAAUCAAUCUUUUCUUGCAUACUUGAGUGAACACCGUGUGAUCAUUUCUUGGUACGAAAUUAAUAAAACAUGUGUACCAGAGUAUUGAUCAGUCACAGGAUUCUAAUUCGAUCCUGAUGACUAGAACAUUCCGUGAACUUGGCAAAGUCAUGCAGCCAUGGCAAGUGGAAAGGUCCUGUAUUCAAUAGCUGUGGUUGUUCUUGGAUUUAUUUGUUUCAUCGUUGGAGCUAUCGCUGUUGGAUUACCAACAUGGGGCUAUUUCUUUAGCUAUGACUCUGACCUUGCUCUCUCCGUGCAGGCAUUUGAGAACCCGAACUUCGAUCAGGGCUACUUCGGGCCAUGGCGCGUCUGCAAGAAACUGCUUUACAACAGAGAGAAAUGCGGCACCGACGUAUCCAAAUUCCGACCAUCGACGGCAGUGUACAUAGCGGGCGUGGUUGCGGUCAUCGGCGUGACUGUACUGGGCGUGUUCUGCAUACUGUCAGUACUGCAACUAGCGAUGAUCUCCUCAAAGGAGAAAGUGGGAAUAAAGUACACACAUCUGGUCAUGCUGAAGUUAGCGCUCGCGUUACUAGCAACAUUGCUGUCGAUAGCUGCAGCCGGUCUGUUCGCGGUACAAGUCGAUGACAGAGGAUUUUAUCAGACAAGAGGGGAGGCGUUUUAUGUUCAGAUCGUUUCCAUAGUGAUAAACUCAAUACUGUUCAUAAUGUCGUUGUAUGACACUUUGUUCUCGCGGCGCGCGGGCGGAGACCCCACGAACACACACGCGCACGCUGAAGGUGGAACUACCAUUAAUAACCCUGGAUUUAAGGAAGGCAGAGGUAUAUCAAUGACGGAUGCAUCAGGUAAGCCGUACAGCACCAAUGGCGGCAGCGUCGCCUCCAUGAACACUACCGCUACCACCCUCACCGGGCUCUCCGACGCCUCCAUCACCAGAUCCCCCCUCAGGUCCUCGCUGAAGAAGCCCCGCCCCAGGGAAGGGGAGCCAGGGGGACUUGGCAUACAUAACCCAGGGUACUCGGGACAUUCACCACCUUUGAACAGGAAUGGCAGCCAGAAAAAAGUACGUAUACAAACACAUAGUACUGAAGUAUGAUU